GAAAAUUCAUCAUAAAGCCAAGGGUGUUAUGAGUUUUCAAUUCGACAGCAGAUCCCCGAAUGAAGUCAGGUCGGAGAAGCCACCCAAUUCCGAGACGUCGAUCUCCGUGAUGUUGUACCACCACACAACCUCCGAAGCCUCCCAAAUCUCCCGUUCAACCAUAACCGCCUCGCCUCGGCCCUGAGCAAAUGUCCAUCCCCAUCUGGGAUAUUAUCACCCCGCCCUUCGCUCCAUAGCAGUCCGACAGUCGACCCGUUGGCCUUCAAUGUGCGUGUGCGAAUAUGCUUACUAACUUAGAGUUGCUCCUCAUGGACGGCAUCCUCGUUCCGUCCUCUGAGGCUAAUAUUCAAGCCAAGCUAUAAUAUGCAUCAUAUCGACUCCACUCGACGAUGUCAGACCCCAGUUUUCUUUCGUUGCGUCAAUCUCCAAAUCAGAAAAUUAGACCCUGUAAGUUCGACAAUAUAUUCACACAUGGAGCCUUUCUGUUGCCGGUAAGUCUUCAGUGUAAAGUACCAUGCAAUCUGUCUUGCAGUACCGAGGCUUUCGCCGAAAUCUCGAACAGCAAAUCAGCCGUCAUGGCUUGGAGAGGGUGGCUUCGUCUACCAUCUGCCCUGUGCCUUCAGGAGCCCAUUUACCCGUUCUCCAGCGCUCCCUGACUCGAGGGAGUAAACGAUCAACUCGCUCAAUCAGGGAUCCUGCUGACGAGGAAAACCAACUCCAAAAUGAGACUCCGGUGCUGAACCCCAAUGCCGCCAACGUCCACGAGCCUGUGGCAUCGACGUCGUCUGAACCUACUCCGCCAUGUGGCGAGGUCAACCCAACCACUACAGUGUUUGACUACGUUGAAAGUGAUAGUACAUUGCAGGACGAUAGUGGUAAAGCCGACCAUGGUGACCAGGGCAUUCGUUCACCCAAGACGCCUUCAGUACACUCAUCAAACACCUCCGAGAGUGGGGUGGAGCGCAUACAUCUCAACAAAAUUGCCACGCAACCAUCCCACGGAACGACGACUCUAGGUCAAGCGAUAACUGGUGUCGAUGUACACACUCCAAUGACCAACGAAAAACACCACGGUACUGGUGAUCACGUAUUUAUCGUGGGAUAUCAAGGACUGGACGAUGAAUUGGACCCUCAUAACUGGUCGACCCCGCGACGAUUAUGCUAUACAUUGCUCAUUGCCAUGGUUGGGUUGAUUGUGGGAUUUGCAUCCAGCGUUGAUUCUGCUGCUGCACCGCAAGCAGCGGAAGAGUUUGGGGUAAGCAGCGUUGUAGAAUCCUUGGCGACUGCCAUGUAUCUGCUCGGGUUUGGACUCGGAGCCCCAUUUGCUGCCCCUCUCUCUGAGACAUUUGGGCGCAAUCCAGUGUACAUUGGAACCAUGGGUCUUUUCAUGGUGUUUGUCAUGGCCUCAGCACUGUCACCUAACAUUGGCGCUCAGCUUGUUUUCCGACUGUUAGCUGGAUUGUUUGGGUCGACUCCCUUGACAUGCGCUGGAGGGAGUAUCAGUGAUAUGUGGAAUGCAAUUGAGAGGACUGCAAUGUUCCCAGUCUUUGGAACAGCGGCGUUUUGGGGUCCCAUUCUUGGCCCAGUAAUUGGCGGAUUCAUCGCUCAGUCAUCGGCGGUCAGCUGGCGUUGGGUGGAGUGGGUGACAUUGAUCUGGUCGGGCUUGAUUCUUAUCUUGCUCCUGUUGUUUUUGCCCGAAACUUAUACUCCAACUCUGUUGAAAUGGAAGGCAGCAAGCCUGCGGGAAAUCACCGGGGACAACCGGUUCAUGUCCCAGAUGGAGGUCGCCAACACGAAGCUGACGGACCGUGUGAUUGCCAACAUGUGGCGACCGGUUCUUCUAUUUGCAUAUGAGCCGAUUGCGGUCUUGUUUACCCUUUAUCUGACGGUGGUCUAUGUGGUAUUGUUUACCUUCUUGACCGGGUUCGAGUUCGUGUUCGAAGAGACCUACGGCCUAUCGCAGGCGCUGACGUUCCUCAUCUUUAUUGCAAUUGGCCUGGGCCUUUGCGUAGCUGGGGCGCUGGUGCCCUGGGUGUACAAGUCAUAUCGACGGGCUCUAGAGGAAGUACAGGCACAAGGAGGAACCACACUACCUCCAGAAAGAAGAUUGGUGUUCGCAAUGCUCAGCGCACCCAUGUUACCGAUCGGCCUCUUCUGGAUGGGAUGGACAGCAAAUAGCGCGGUGAACGUCUGGGCACCCAUCAUGUCCUGCAUUCCCAUUGGAUUUGCCAUCUUGGGCAUCUUCAUCUCGACAUAUCAAUAUCUGAUUGAUGCAUAUGUGGCGCAUGCAGCAAGCGCAUUAGUGGGGGUGACAUUUGUUCGGUAUAUUGUGUCUGCGGGGAUGAUACCUGCGUCCAUACCGUUCUAUCGCAAUCUUGGUGUGGCAUGGACAUGUACAGUCUUGGGAUGCAUUGCGCUGUUGUUGGCACCGGUGCCUUUUGUGUUUUACAAGUAUGGGCCGGUAAUUCGCAAGCGCAGUCGUUAUGCAUCAGAACACACUUGAUGUAUCGCCUUGAUUCAAUAUGUUGUUCGAAUGGGGGCAGUGACCAACAUGGACAGGUGUCUAAAUACCUGGAUGGGUGUCCUUGUUGAAGACGUUGUUGAUCUGCACAGCAUAGCGAGGAUGGUUGGGAGUACGAUACUAUUAUGAUGUGUAUGAUUUCAUAAAAUCUCAACCUUGCCAUAGGCAUAUUGAGCAGAUAUACCUGAUAUUGUAUAGAUACAGCAUUAGCCAUAUAUGCA